GAACACAGAAGCCAUGGCUCUGGAGUGGUGCACACUGAAGCAGGAGAACUACCUGCGUCACUGCCACAUGGUGUUUGUCGGCGUGUUUAAGGAGCUGCUCUUCAGCCAACGACAUGAGCCGAAUAAGUACCUACUGUGGGCACAAGAAGGGGCGUUGCUGAGUAAAACAGCGCACCUCAAAGCGGAGACGCUGGAUAUAUCUGUGAUCAAGACGAUGGACAUCCUGUGGAUCCUGUUCGCAGAGACAAAGAAAAAAUGCAACCAAAGUGCCUUUGUCACUGAUCUUCUGAAGAGCUUUGAACAAGUGAAGGAUGACACUGAUCUGAUGGACAUCAUCGAUACAAUCAUGCCUUUGCUGGAGCGAGUGCUCACUGACGAUAUCGCUCCUGAAUGGAUAGACCUGCAGAGGAACACAGCUCUUACUAUACUCCUAGCUCAAUUUGCAGGUUACAUAGAGAGAUUUGCAGUUGAGGGCGAGACCGUACUAAGUGGCUUUGAAAAGGAACGCGAAAUAAACAAUGGGAAAAUCGGUGCUCUGGAGACGAAAGGCGAGGACGAGGUCAACAUCAACGACUUCAAAGGUGCCAUCAUCACUUACGGCAAAGCCAUCGAAAUAAGCCCGUACAACUAUUACUUGUACUGCCGAAGAGCUUAUUGCCACCUGCAGGUGAACGAAGACAGAAUGGCGGUGCUGGAUGGAAUCAGGGCAGCGCUGUUAAAACCAGAUUAUUUUAAGGGUCACUACUUCUGUGCCAAAGGCCUCCUCUCUGCCGGUUUCCCCAAACAUGCCAUGAUGGCCAACAAGCGUGGCACUGAGCUGUGCCAGGCUGCGGAGAGCGAUGCCACCGUACUGGAGGCACAGAUGCAGGAGAUUGAGAAUCGCAUGAAACUUGAAGAUGGCGCUCAAUCUACAAAGGAUCAGAGCGAUGCGAGGGAAGAGCAGAAAAAACACCGUCCAGAACCUGAGAUGGUGUUCGAUGCCCGAAAGUGGUCAAAUUCUUUGGGAGGACAAGGGAUCGGGCUUGUGCGAGGAUCAGAUUUCCAGGCGGUGUGGCAAAACCUGAUGGACAACAUGAAGGAUACAGACCUACAGGGUUCCGAUGGGGCACAAGAGCGAGAAGUGGACCAGAGACCAAAAAGCAAGAUCUCAACCUCCAAAUCAGACAAGAAAAACACGCGUGAGGAAUCCCGCUCCGCUCCAAACAGCCAACAAGGCUCAGAGCGACACGGAGCCAGGAAAAAAUCUUCCACAGAAAUGCAAGGCACAGAUAAGGUGGUUUUUGACCCGGCCAAAUGCCGCCUGUGGCGAGCGGUGAACUCGGAGCGGGAGCUGAUCGCUAACGGGGUGGAGGACGUUUCCUUCCUGUUGUACCGCCUGAAACUGAAGCGCUUCCUGUCAGAGGGCGACCAGGAGGUGGUGGAGAGGCAGAGCACCCCCCCCUUGAAGCUCCGCACUCUCAUCGACAUCGUGCUGAAGAAAAGCUCCAACCUGGAGAUCCGCAAAUUCACCUCCGUCCUGGUGGCCAUCGAUGGCCUCAAACCAGACUUGUUCAAAUGGGUCAACAACCUGGAGAGCAUGGGAAACUGCUGUGCCGACAGCUUCCUGUACCUGUUCCUGGAGGUCCUGGCGGAGCCGCUGAACAAGGCCCCUUUAAAAGACCUGAUCUAUAGCCUGCAGAUGCUGAGUGUGCUGACGGAGACCGAGAACGACCUACUGAUGAAGACCCCGAGCGAGCAGCGAGGACAGCGCCUGCUCGAGGUCAUCGUCUUCAUGAAGACCACCGCUCAGAAGUUGGACUUCGUUUUCCUCCUGGAAGAGGAGCGGGAGACCUUCCCCAAACUCAAGCUGUGCCUCGAGGAAUUCCAGAAGGAGUUUGAGAAGCUGGGCGAAGGCUACGUGAACAAGUUCCGCAGAUACAUGCCGUUGCCCAGACCACGGCGAAGGGAGGACCUGCCCCCGGAGGAGAGGAACGCAUACUGCAACUUCUUCCGUCUGAUGUAUCUGAUCGUGCUGGAGGGCACCAGAGUGGCACAGAAGGUCUUCGCCGAAGAGGUGCCCCUGGACGGCCUGCAGGCCGAGCUCCGCAAGCUGAGGAAAUCCGAGCUGCACCGGCACUUCCGGGAAUUCCAGACAGAAUUCCUCUCGCACUCGGACUGGGCUCUGCUCUUCCCGCAAAAGUGGUCGGAGCUGGAGUUCGACAAGUUCGACCUGACCCUGAUCGUCUUCGUGAUGAUGAACCUCAAGCACCUCCCGCAGCCCAAGAGAGGGUGGCACAUGCGCCCGAGCGGGCCCGACGCCUCGCGCCAGGGCAGCCUCCUCCGGCUGCUCUACCUCCGGCGCCAGCUGGUCACCCGCAACGGGUACAUGGGGGUCCCCGAGGAGGAGUUCCUGUCCAUGUGGGAGGAGAGCAGCGAGGCCCUGCAGUGCCUGGGCAAGACCCCCGAGGAGAUCCAGGACAUCCUGUUCAUGCCCGGCUACCUGCUCUGGCACGACCACGAGCGCAUUGCCCGGCUGAUGGGACGCCAGUGCUUUGACACCAUCGACCGCUACAUGACGGCCAUGAAACAACACCUGAAAACGGGGGGUAAAAUUACAGACACCAUCCAGUGGAGGCAUCGAACGGAACGGGAGGAAACAGACCCGGAAAAGGGAAAGGCGGAGGAAAUUCCCACUCCCGACGGGAGCGAGAGAGAAGCUUCGAAAGAGAGGGCGGGGGAAGGGAAUCAGCAGUCUGGGCAAAACCUGGACAUCGUAGAAGAGAAAACCAGCGUUUCGUCCCAGGUCGCGGGGAAAGCCCACAGAGGAUCCAAGCCAUCUGAUCCCCCGAAUUUGAACGAAACGCAGAAACCAUCAUUCAAGAAAAGGAGGAAAAAGUCCAAAGGCAAAAAGAAAUCCGCUUUUCCUGUGGAGAGUGUUGGUGAGAAGGAGGUGGAGAGCACAGGAGAGGAGGACAGGGAGGAAGAGGGGCUUCUCCCAUCACAAGCUGAACCCAAGGAGAGGAAGGAGCUUGCAGAGCUGGAGGCUACCGCACGGACUUUUCAGUUGCUUUAUGAAGAGAAGAGCGCGGAGUACGAGCAGCUGGUGAAGCAGCAAGGCAAGGCCCAGGAGCUGUGUAAGCACCAGACGGCGGAGCUCCAACGGCUGCGGUUGGACAUGGAGAACGAGCGGAAGGUUCAGGAACAGGAGACCAAGACGCUGAAAAGCCAGAUCCGCAGCCUCCAGGGGGCGCUGAAGAGCAAGGAGGAGCAGCUCAGGAAGUUUGAGAAGCAGAUGCGAGCGCAGGAACAGGAGGUGGAUAACCAGAACAAACAUUACCAAAGAGAACAGGAACAGUGGGACCAGGAGAAAGCCCGGCUGGAGAGGGUGUCAGCAAACAGCAGGGACAACUUUGUGGAAGCCAUGAUGAGAGCGAUGAGUGCGGAGAUCCAAGUGCUGGAGUGUUGGAGAGACAAAGCCAUCAUGAUCCUGGAGGAAGCAGUGAAGGAAGGAGAAAUGAAAUUGCCCGGUCUGAGGCAGCAGCUCAUGAGUACAAGCUCUCCACCGAUUGACCUGAAGGCGGCAAUUCUGGCGUACGAGACUCUACAGAGCGACAUUAAAUCCAAAAUACACAACACCACGAGCUCAUUCAAUGAGCAGAUCGACCUGGUGCGGAAUGGAGCGAAGCUGAGCAGCCUGCCUCCCCUCGCCAGCCUGCUGCCACCCUCCCAGGCCGACUUCAUGAUGAUCUACAUGAGCAAACAGAAGGAACUGCUGGACUCCGACACCACUGUAAACAGUGUCCCCAUGACGUUGCCACCUGCCUACCCUCCAGGCCUCGGGACUCUGGGCACCAACCAGCUGGUAAUAGCACAGAGAUCCAUGUCUCCUGGCUUAUUCUCUCAGACUCCGCUGCAGCACCAGGCUCCCAUCGGCCAAGCUAAUCCCGGCCCAGUGGGGAGCACCAACGCCAACCACCUGGAGAGACUGAUGGAGAGACUAUUUGAGUUAUUCCCACAUCACAACAGGGAGACCAUGAUCGGGUUUCUGAAGGAAGUCCGUACCAGGAACAAUAACUCGCUGUCUGGCCUGUCGUUUGACCAAAUCAUCGGUCACGUGACCGUCUUGAUUAAAAAUCAGGAGCCCAUCUCUUCAGGGAACUCAAAUGUGGACUACCCAAUCUUUCCUGUGGAUGUACCUCCCUCUGGACUGUGGAGACCAGGGAACCCAGAUCCCUUUAAGAUGAGCUGGCAGGGAAAUCCCAUCCUCCCACUGCAGCAAAGCGGAGGCAGCGGGGAUGUGAACGUUCUUCAGGUAAAGAACAAUGCUGUGUGUGAGAUGUGCCACGAGGAGUUGACAGCCAAUCAUCUAUUUGUGCUGAAAUGUGGACACAGAUACCACCCAGAGUGCAUCUCAGUUUGGCUGAAGGAGCAUAAGACGUGCCCAAGCUGUGCCCUCGGCUAUCCCGCCUCCUUCUUGUAACUCCAAUGGGGACCGGAGUGGGGGAGGCAGGGUUUGAGGAAACUGCCCCGUGCAACCCUACCCUGGGGCCGCAGGAGAACCAACGGGAGGCCAAUCACCCAGCGAUUGUCCGGCUUGCAAUGAGGUCACUCACGUACAGGAAACUGCAUCAUGUCUUCAAUUCGUGCCCAGAUUAUUCACCAGUGACAAAGCGGAACCCUACUGUGUUCGUUACAAUCCCUACUGUGUUCGUUACAAUCCCUACUGUGUUCAACACAAUCCCUACUGUGUUCAACACAAUCCCUACUGUGUUCAACACAAUCCCUAAUGUGUUCAUUACAAUCCCUAAUGUGUUCAACACAAUCCCUAAUGUGUUCAACACAAUCCCUACUGUGUUCAUUACAAUCCCUAAUGUGUUCAUUACAAUCCCUACUGUGUUCGUUACAAUCCCUACUGUGUUCGUUACAAUCCCUACUGUGUUCGUUAUAAUCCCUACUGUGUUCAACACAAUCCCUACUGUGUUCAUUACAAUCCCUAAUGUGUUCAACACAAUCCCUAAUGUGUUCAACACAAUCCCUUGCCAUUUGCCUCCAUUUGCAACUCCGAUCAAACCAAUUGGCUCAUUUCAUUUUGUAACUCCUUCCUCACCCCCCUCUCCCCACCACAAAAAAAGGUUGUGAAUCACUGUGUAGACUUCUUGUGUCGAAGACAGGAUGGCCUAACUAGCGGCCCACAGGCCACAUCCGGCCCCCCCCUCUCCCUCCCUUUCAUCCGC